UUUAAGUGAUAUCAGUGAAAAACUGCUGAGCCAUAAAACUGCCUACUUUUUUGAGCAUGCUGUUGCUUUUCCCAAGAGGGACGACGGUGAUGAUGUGCACUUUCUGUGCAGGGGGGUGGAAAAUCCUUGAGGACGUUUGAUAAGGCAUCAGGAGGGAGAUAGUCCACAAGUAUAAAAACCCACCUGGAGCUGUCGAGCAGCAUUCAGGGAGGAACCAUGAAGUACUUCAUUGUCUUUGCGCUCUUCGCCGCAGCUUUCGCUGCCCCCAUCGACGAGGACGACAAGAUCGUGGGCGGGUACGAGUGCAGGAAGAACUCAGUGCCCUACCAGGUGUCGCUGAACUCUGGCUACCACUUCUGCGGAGGCUCCCUGAUCUCCAGCACCUGGGUGGUGUCCGCCGCUCACUGCUACAAGUCCCGCAUCCAGGUGCGUCUUGGUGAGCACAACAUCGCCGUCAGCGAGGGCACCGAGCAGUUCAUCAACUCCGCCAAGGUCAUCAGGCACCCCAGAUACAGCAGCCGCAACCUGGACAACGACAUCAUGCUGAUCAAGCUGAGCAAGCCCGCCAGCCUCAACAGCUACGUCCGCACCGUGUCCCUGCCCUCCAGCUGCGCCAGCUCCGGCACCAGGUGUCUCAUCUCCGGAUGGGGCAACAUGAGCAGCUCUGGAAGCAACUAUCCUGACCGUCUGAGGUGCCUGGACGCCCCCAUCCUGAGCGACAGCAGCUGCAGGAGCUCCUACCCCGGACAGAUCACCUCCAACAUGUUCUGCGCUGGAUUCCUGGAGGGAGGCAAGGACUCCUGCCAGGGCGACUCCGGUGGCCCCGUGGUCUGCAACGGCCAGCUGCAGGGUGUGGUGUCCUGGGGAUACGGCUGUGCCCAGAGGAACAAGCCUGGAGUCUACGCCAAGGUCUGCAACUACAACUCCUGGAUCCGCAGCACCAUGUCCUCCAACUGAAGCAUGACUUCUGUCAAACUGAAACCACUUGAAUA